AACAAAAAGAAGAAACCUCAACUCCACCCUACAUCACACAACCCAACAAAAAAGCUCAAGAAAAUCUUUAGAGUGAGAGAACGAACCAAUACCAAACCUUUCUUGUUUCCAGUGAUCAUGCCUCCUGGGUCGAAGAAAAGAAAGGCCUUGAAGAAGAAGCAGCAAGAGGAACAGGAAUCCAUUGGAGCUGGUGCCAACAACAAAGGCUUCAAUGGUCAUGGGAACAUUUCUGGACUUGAUGAACAUGGAAGUCAAGAUGAUAGAGAAAGUGAUGGCAACCUGAGUUCUCCUGGUUCUCAGGGAAAUGAUGAUAUUGGGACAAGAGACCCAUCUCCUUCACCUCCUUCAUCAUCUGGUCUGGGGAAAGUCACUGUUAAAGAGCAAACAGACAGUACUCGGGCACAAGGAGUGAAAGAGGCUGGUGGUACUUCAACUUUGGAAAUUGCACCUGCUGUUGAUUCUGACAAGCCUGUGGGUUCUUCUUCUGCCUCAAAGGUUGUGAUGUCUGACAAAAAUGAGCAAGUUGAGAGCUCGACAGACUCGGAUUCUGUCCAACAGAAGUCUGGUGAAACCGAAGAAAAGCAUAGACUAAAAGAAGCGAAAGAAGUUAACAUUCCAGGAUCUGCUGCGGAGGCAAGCAAAGAAAUCAAGAGAGGGAAAGAAUCUGAAGUGCCAGAAUGUUCGGAAGAAAGGAGUCUUAUGCCUUCUGGUCCACCAGUUGUUCGAACCUCAUGGUUGAGUUGCUGCGGUUUGUUUGAUAUGAUCGCAGGAUCUGAAAGAUAAUUUCAGAGCAGGAGGAGGAAAAAUCAGCAAACAGUGGGCAGCAGAAAAGCUCAAAUGAACAGCCAACAAAGACAUCAUGAUUCAUGGGUCGUAUAUUCUUCUCUGUACAUUCAAGCAUUAAUGUCUUUUAUAUGACUGUUUAUUUUAGCAACAUACAAACAAAGAACAUAUAAUCUUGUGUUCAUGUUUUGGAAUUUUAGAUUCAUGAGAACUGAACACAUCUCCUUUUUUAA